AAAGUGCUUUGAGGUUCUUCCUCUGGUUUCUUCCUGCGCUGUUUGAAAUUCGAUGGGGUCGUGGCAGAACCAAGUGGAAUUAAGCGUGGAAGAAUCGAGUGAGGCCAUCUUGUAUGUUAAUGGCGUUCGUCGAGUUUUGCCUGACGGAUUAGCUCACCUUACUCUUCUUGAGUACCUCAGAGAUGGAGGUCUGACAGGGACAAAGUUGGGCUGUGGUGAGGGUGGUUGUGGGGCUUGCACAGUGAUGGUAUCUUAUUAUGAUCAACAGUUGAAGAGAUCUGUGCAUUCUGCAAUCAAUGCAUGCUUAGCUCCUUUAUAUUCUGUAGAAGGGAUGCAUAUAAUCACAGUGGAGGGAAUUAGGAACUGUCAACAUGCUUUGCAUCCUGUUCAGGAAGCGUUGGCCCAUGCUCAUGGGUCACAAUGUGGAUUUUGUACUCCUGGUUUUGUUAUGUCCAUGUAUGCAUUAUUGAGAUCAAGUGAAACACCACCAAGUGAGGAGCAGAUUGAAGAAAGCCUUGCUGGAAAUUUAUGUCGCUGCACUGGCUAUAGACCAAUUAUUGAUGCAUUUCGAGUUUUUUCCAAAACUGAUGAUUCUUUAUACACUAAUAGAUCUUCAGAAAACCUUCCAGGAGAUGAAUUUAUUUGCCCUUCAACUGGGAAGCCAUGUACCUGUGGUUCAAAGGCUGUAAACUGUAAUAUUAAUAUUAAAGAAAGUAAGAUUUUGGGUAGUAGAUACAAGCCUGUCUCAUAUAGUGAAAUGGAUUGAAGCUUAUAUUACGAGAAAGAGCUUAUUUUCCCUCCAGAGCUUUUGAUCAGGAAGCUAAGACCUUUGAAUUUGAGUGGAACUGGUGGACUUAAGUGGUAUCGGCCUCUUAAACUUCAACAUUUAUUGGAUUUGAAGUCAAAAUAUCCAGAUGCAAAAUUAGUAGUUGGUAAUACUGAGGUAGGAAUUGAGAUGAAGCUGAAGAGAAUUCAGUACCGGGUCUUGAUUUCUGUUGGACCUGUGCCUGAACUUAAUGUUUUGAGUGUGAACGGCGAUGGGUUGGAAAUUGGAGCAGCCAUAAAAUUGACAGAAUUAGUUCAAGUUCUUAAAAAAGUUGUGACUGAGCGUGCUUCUCAUGAGACUUCGUCUUGCAAGGCUUUUAUUGAACAGAUAAAAUGGUUUGCUGGCAAACAGAUAAAAAAUGUUGCAUCUGUAGGUGGAAAUAUAUGCACUGCUAGUCCAAUAUCAGAUCUGAACCCUCUCUGGAUGGCUGCUGGAGCAAAGUUUCGAAUUGUUGAUGGUAAUGGUAAUGUUAGAACUACUCCAGCAGAAAGUUUCUUCCUGGGUUACCGCAAGGUGGAUCUGGCAAGUGGUGAAAUUUUACUUUCAAUUUUUUUGCCUUGGACACGGCCUUUUGAGUAUGUGAAAGAGUUCAAGCAAUGCCACCGUAGGGAUGAUGAUAUCGCAAUUUUAAAUGCUGGAAUGCGUGUUCUUCUUGAACAGAACAGAGAACAAUGGGAAGUGGCAGAUGCAUCUAUUGUUUAUGGUGGGGUGGCUCCUGUUUCUCUUUCUACAUUGAAGACUAAAGAUCUUCUUGUGGGGCAAUGUUGGAAUCAGGAAUUGUUGCAGGGUGCUUUGAGAACAUUAGAAGAGGACGUUAUUCUUAAGGAAGAUGCACUAGGUGGGAUGGUGGAGUUCCACAAUUCAUUGACAUUGAGUUUCUUCUUCAAAUUUUUCCUGUGGGUUUCUUGUCAAAAGGAUGGCGAACAGUACUUCCAGAAAAUCCUGCCAGGGUCUCAUCUAUCUGCUAUAAAAUCUUUCUUGAGGCCAUCCUCUACUGGAAGUCAGAAUUAUGAAAUCACUAAACAAGGGACAGCUGUAGGGUAGCCUGAGGUUCAUCUCUCUUCAAGACUUCAGGUUACAGGGGAGGCUGAAUAUACUGAUGACACACCUAUGCCUCCUACGGUCUAUGCUGCUUUAGUAUUGAGUAGAAAGCCCCAUGCCCGCAUCCUCUCCGUAGAUGAUUCAGAAGCCAAAUCUUCACCUGGAUUUGAGGGGUUGUUUCUUCAUAAGGAUGUUCCUGGUGCAAUUAAUAUUGGACCAGUUGUUAAUGAUGAGGAGCUUUUUUCUUCAGAAAUUGUAACUUGCAUGGGUCAAUUUUGUGUCUGUCCUUUGCAGGUUAUUGAGGUUGUCGUUGCCAAUACCCAUGAAAAUGCAAAAUUAGCUGCAAGAAAGGUCCAUAUCGAGUAUGAAGAACUCCCUGCAAUUUUAUCCAUAAAGGAUGCCCUCAAAUCUAACAGUUACCAUCCUAAUACCGAAAAGUUUUUGGAGAAGGGGAAUGUGGAACUUUGUUUUGUGUCAGCUGCAUGUGACAAAAUUAUAGAAGGUGAGGUUCAAGUAGGAGGGCAGGAGCACUUCUUGGAGCCACAGAGCAGUCUGAUGUGGACAAUGGAUGGUGGAAAUGAAGUUCAUAUGAUUUCAUCCACUCAAGCUCCUCAGAAGCACCAGAAAUAUGUUUCUCAUGUUCUUGGUCUUCCAAUGUCAAAAGUUGUUUGCAAGACUAAGAGAAUUGGUGGUGGAUUUGGUGAGAAGGAAACCAAGUCAGCCUUCAUUGCUGCUGCAGCUUCUGUGCCAUCAUAUCUUUUGAAUCGGCCUGUAAAAAUCACAUUAGACAGGGAUAUAGAUAUGAUGAUAUCUGGGCAACGGCAUAGCUUCCUUGGAAAGUAUAAGGUUGGAUUCACAAGUGAAGGGAAGAUUCUGGCAUUGGAUCUGGAAAUCUACAAUAAUGCUGGAAAUUCACUAGACCUGUCUCUGGCAGUCCUUGAGCGUGCUAUGUUUCACUCAGAUAAUGUUUACGAGAUACCAAAUAUCAGAAUAAGGGGAAAAGUUUGCUUUACUAAUUUCCCAAGCAACACAGCUUUUCGGGGAUUUGGUGGACCUCAAGGCAUGCUUAUAGCAGAAAACUGGGUCCAACGAGUUGCCAUGGAGCUUAAGAAGAGCAUUGAAGAGAUAAGGGAAAUUAAUUUUCAAAGUGAAGGAUCUAUAUUGCAUUAUGGUCAACAACUUCAACACUGUACACUGGCCCAAGUUUGGAAUGAAUUGAAGUCAUCUUAUGAAUUUUUAAAGGCCCGUGAGGAAGUUGACCAGUUUAAUCUGCACAAUCGGUGGAGGAAGUGGGGAAUUGCUAUGGUUCCAACAAAAUUUGGUAUAUCCUUCACAACGAAGUUCAUGAAUCAGGCUGGUGCUCUUGUGCAAGUUUAUACUGAUGGAACUGUUUUAGUAACCCAUGGGGGUGUUGAGAUGGGACAGGGUCUGCACACAAAAGUUGGUCAGAUUGCUGCUUCAUCCUUCAAUAUCCCUCUUGGUUCUGUAUUUAUAUCAGAGACAAGUACUGACAAGGUCCCCAAUGCAUCACCAACAGGUUCUGCCAGUUCAGAUAUGUACGGAGCAGCUGUUUUGGAUGCUUGUGAGCAGAUUAAAGCAUGGAUGGAGCCUGUUGCAUCUAGACAUAAGCACAAUUCUUUUGCUGAGCUUGCAAGUGCAUGCCACAUGGAGAGGAUAGACCUUUCUGCACAUGGGUUUUACAUUACUCCUGAGAUUGGCUUUGAUUGGAAAACUGGGAAAGGAAUCCCAUUUAGGUACUUCACCUAUGGUGCUGCAUUUUCUGAGGUCGAAAUUGACACUUUGACUGGAGAUUUUCACACAAGAAGAGCAGAUGAUUUGUUGGAUCUUGGAUAUUCUUUGAAUCCAGCCGUUGAUGUUGGACAGAUUGAAGGGGCCUUUGUCCAAGGUUUGGGUUGGGUUGCCUUGGAAGAGCUAAAAUGGGGAGAUGCAGAUCACAAGUGGAUUCCACCUGGCCAUCUAUAUACAUGUGGACCUGGAAGUUACAAACUUCCUUCAGUUAAUGAUAUCCCUCUCAAAUUCAAUGUUUCACUUCUCAAGGGUGUUCCCAAUGCAAAGGCCAUUCAUUCAUCUAAAGCUGUAGGAGAACCUCCAUUUUUUCUUGCCUCAGCAGUUUUCUUUGCAAUCAAAGAUGCGAUCAUAGCUGCAAGAACAGAGGUGGGUUGUAAUGACUGGUUUCCACUUGAUAAUCCGGCAACUCCAGAGCGGAUUCGAAUGGCUUGUGCAGAUGAUUUCACUGAGCGAUUUGAAAGGUCAGAGUUCCACCCAAAACUUAGUGUGUAGUACAUUCCAUGGCUUCCUAUUGUUCCUGUAUUGAAAUCCCACUCCCUGAUACUACAAAAUUGUACAUCUUCUAAAAUCAGAACCAAAUAGGGAAUGGUUAGCUGUCUUACAUUGACUCAGAG